CUUGUAAACGUUUUACUUCUCGCAUUGAAUUUGAAUGUGAAAAAGCAAAAAUAAAAGAAAAUAAAAGAAAAGGGAAGUGCGUCUCGAAAGUAGUCAAGUAGUCAGAUCUUUCCUUAUUUGAACAGUUAGUGUUGUGAAGCAGGAUGGCUGGAGGCUCCGUGUCGGAGUGUAAGGAGUACUUGUUUAAAGUUUUAGUGAUCGGGGAGCUGGGUGUUGGAAAGACCAGCAUCAUUAAACGAUACGUCCAUCAGCUCUUCUCCCAGCAUUACAGAGCCACCAUCGGAGUAGACUUCGCCCUGAAAGUGCUCAACUGGGACAGCAAAACGUUAGUAAGACUCCAGUUAUGGGACAUUGCAGGUCAGGAGCGGUUUGGGAACAUGACCAGAGUGUACUACAAGGAAGCAGUGGGAGCUUUUGUGGUCUUUGACGUGACGAGAACCUCCACAUUUGAAGCUGUGUCGAAGUGGAAACACGACUUGGACAGCAAGGUGAAACUGGCCAAUGGCAGCCCUAUUCCUUCAGUACUACUGGCCAAUAAAUGCGACCAGAAAAAAGACGACCCCAAUAACACCUCCCUCAUGGACGACUUCUGCAAGGAGACCGGCUUUCUGGGCUGGUUCGAGACGUCAGCCAAGGACAACAUAAACGUAGACGAGGCGGCCCGGUUCCUGGUGGAGCACAUUCUCCUAAAUGACAAAGGCCUUCCGUAUGAGGAGAACAACACAGGCAGCAUCAAGCUGGACCAACAGCCCAUAACUGCGGAGAGCAAGUCAGGCUGCUGUUAGCAUCGGUUCUCGAUCUGUUCGUUUAGCUGUCGUAAAGGAGAGGCUAUCAUCCUGGGACCAGAGAUCAGAAGCCCCCAUCAACCUGUCCAUUCCACCCUUCACUUAUCUUCACCCUACACUUCAAACCAGUGGCAUCAGAAGACGUUCAGUGUUGGCUUAGCCAUGAAUAUGAUGCCUUGUGUAGUGACCACCCAUCUCUCUCGUCUCUCUCUCUCUUUCUGAGUCAAAACUGUUUAUUAUAAGGUCUUAAAUUCUGUCAAACCAACAAUAGGAGUUAUACACCACAUGACCAAAAAUAUGUGGACACCUAAUCAUGAGCUUGUAGGCUAUUUCAUUCCAAAACCAUAGGCAUCAACAUAUAGGGACAGUGGUAGCCUAGUAGGAAGAGCGUUGGGCUACUAAUUGAAAGGCCAUGCAGCCACUGUUGGACCCUUAAGCAAGGUCCCUAACCCUCUCAGCUCCAGGGGCGCCAUGCAAUGGCUGACCCUGCGCUCUGACCCCAGCUUCCAAACCACCUGGGAUGUGUGAAGAACGUAUUUCAUUGUACUGCACACCUGUAUAUGUAUAUAUGACAAAUAAAGGCGUUCUUCUUCUAAAACCAACAUACGGUUGAUCCACAUUUGCACCCAUGACCUCCUCCCAGCUUUUGGAACAACUAUGGCUCAAAAAAGACAGCACCAUUCCAGUUCACCCUUAAGGUGUUUAAUGGGACUGAGGUCAGGGUUCCACACAGGCCUCUAGUCAACCUCUAGUUCUUGUCAAACCAUGUUUUUAUGGACGUCUUGGUCCAUGGCUUGCAACUGGUUUCCAUAUAUAGUUAAUUUUAUAACAUAAUAAUAACAGGAGUAAUAAAACUCCUCAACUCAAGAAAUAGGAAGGGUGUCCAUAUACUUUUGGGCUUAUGGUUGUAGGUUUAAUUUGGGGAUCUUAAUCCCAUUGCUGCCCAAUUUAGAUUUUGCUUGUUUCCACCUUCCAUUACGCUUCCUCUCUACUGAUGCUGAUCUCCACACUGGUUGAGGAGAGCCGAGUCUGACCCACGGCCCCUCUGUCACGUGUGCGAGUUCAUAUGGGGAUCAGCUUUGUGUACGGAGAGCCACACCCUGACCAACGCAUCGUCCCUCGUCUCUGUACAGGCACCAUCAAUCAGCCAGGAUCAGUUAUGAGGUCCCUAUCCGGCUCUCACCCUGAAUGAACAACAGCCAAUCGUUGUUGUGUAGGCGCCUGAUGAGUUUCGAACCGACAAGUUUGAAAUGUCAGCUCUGGUGUGCUAGUGCACUUUACCACUGGGCCACCUGAGCACCAUAACCUCAGUUUUAAAGGGGUGUCAUUGGGCAGUUCAACCAAUUAAGUCUUGAUUUGAUGAUCAGAGGGGCUACUGGAAUAAAAGACCAGUCAGACUUUGUUGGGGCUCAAAUGAUUCUAAAAAUAAAUGGACAGUAGGACAGCAUUGAUUUGCAAUUCCUUUAUGAUCAACUUUUAAUUAAUCAAAAAAAUAAACAAUAUGCUGAUUGUUA